GAGCUGCGGAAGAGAUGAGUGGGGGCGGGGUGAGUCUGCCGAAGCGGGCCGGGCAGGGCUGGGCUGACCCCUCCCCAGCCGGGGGCGGGACCCCAAGAGGAGUGAAGGAGCAGAGCGGCUGGGGAUCAUCAGACACAAGAGAGGCGAUAUGGCGGGAACAAGUACCGGGGCCCGCUUCUACCGGCAGAUCAAGAGACAUCCCGCGCUCAUCCCGAUGAUCGGCUUCAUUGGUCUGGGAAUGGGCAGCGCUGCGCUGUACUUGCUGAGACUCGCCCUGCGCAGCCCCGACGUCUGCUGGGACAGAAAGAACAAUCCGGAGCCCUGGAACCGCCUGAGCCCCAAUGACCAAUACAAGUUUCUUGCAGUUUCCACCGACUAUAAGAAGCUAAAGAAGGACCGGCCAGACUUCUGAGCUCGCUGGGGUUCGAGGUGGAAGUAAACCACCAUCAGCCAGCCGACUCAUUUCCUCCACUCUCCGUCCCCUGCCCCCAGGGCGCCACUGUAGCCACCCGUCCAGCUGCCGCUUACACAGGCUUGGUUCCCACAGGAGGGGAGGCAGCUCCCCACCCCCUUCCCCUGCUCCCAGCAGCGGAAGCGCCUCUGACCCUCAGCUGGAAUCCCACGAGGGGGAGGAGGAGUUCUACCCAAAGGCUCAAACCAGCCCCACUGCCCCCCUACCCAGGCCUUGCAGGGUGUGGCUCAGGCUACGUGUUGAGCGUGGCCAACGUGAGCCAAGAGCAAGAGAGGCCUCUUGGUGCCAAGUGACGUGGCGGGCCCCACGUUAGUCCGGGCUCCAGGCGCCAGCGCAGGGGCGGUGCUGCUCUGGCUCGACCGGGCUCGUUGCCUGCCGCCCAGCCAGGCUUGGAUGAGGGACCUCCUCGCUCCUCCUCGUGCCCAAGCCCUCUGCCUCCCGCGCCAACAGACAUCCCCUCCCGCGCCUCACACCUGGGCCUCCCCCUGCCAUUCGGCCCCUCCCUUGCUCCCCUCAGUCCCCUGGGAUCAAACAGAAGCAGCCGUGGGCAAAAUACAAUUUCAUUUAACAAAUUGAA